UUGAUUUUUAGAGUCACCGUUUCAAUUCAAAUCAGUUGGUCUUUGAAAGCGGUCGGUUGGAGUAAAUAAAUAUCGAUUUCGAAUCGAUUUGUGUAAUCGUAUACAAAUAGAAUUCGAUCGAAAGGAAUACGAACGGGUGACGGUUGAAACGAGAAAAGAAAAUACACCAUUAGAAUUGAUUAGAAUCGAGCUCAAAUUCGUGUGCACGAAAAUUAUUUGCUUCAUUGUUGGUUUAGUGAUGAUAGUUCAUCGUUCUAGUGCAUAUUGUUGACGGAUAUUGUGUUUUCAAGUGAAAUAAUUGAAUCCAAUCGAAUCGGAAUUUAAUUAAAGGAUUGAACGAAAAAGGAUCAAUAGAACAUAGGAUUAAUUUAAUAAAAUUGGUGAAAAUAUGACGACAACAAGUCAACCAUCGACCACAACGGUCACAGCAACGGUACCACCCGCUCGCAAUGAACCAACAAACAACAAAUCUGAAACGGAUGAAAAAUUGGCAACAUUGAGCUCAAAACGAGAUGCCAGCUGGCCAUCGGUUCUUUUUUACAUACAUUUAAAUAUACUCGGCCUGUACGGAAUCAUGGUACUCUUCACAAAUGCCUACCUUACAACUGUGAUAUUUACAGUCUUUUUAUCAUUCAUCGGAAUUAUUGGUGUUACAUGCGGAGCACAUCGAUUGUGGGCCCAUCAAACCUAUGAAGCCAAUACUUUCCUUCGAUUAUUUUUGAUGUUGUGCCAAACAAUGGCUGGCCAGGGAUCAAUAUAUGACUGGGUUCAAUACCAUCGUUUACAUCAUCGAACUUUUAAAACGGCCGACGAUCCAUAUUGCAGCGAAAAAGACUUUUUAAAUGCUCAAGUUUUUGCUCACAUUCGUAGUUUAAGCCCAAAACAAGAGUAUAUGUUGAAACAAAUCGACAUGAAAGAUUUAGAGUCCGAUAAAAUUGUCAUGUUCCAGAAAAAGUUCUACUGGAUUCUCUAUUUGAUUUUCUUCGUACUAUUGCCGAUCAAUGCACCGUUAGAAUAUUGGGAUGAUUCCAUUCAAGCCGCUUUAUUUGUUGCAUUUUCGCUGCGAUAUUUGAUUGUAUUGAAUGUUUCAUGGCUUAUUACAUCGGCUCAUUUCAUUUGGGGAUUGGAUAAGAAACACAAGCCAUCCGAUUCAAAUAUGAUUUUCUUGGUAACAAAGAGCUAUUGGCCACAAUAUCACUAUCUGCUUCCAUUCGACUAUCAAACCGGUGAAUUUGGAAACUAUGGCACUGGAUUUUCAACUGCCUUAAUUCGGGUAUUUGCCGCACUUUCAUUGGCCACCAAUUUAAAAACAAUGACAUCAGAUGCAUGCAAGGUCGGUUUGUCACGUUCGAUAGAUACUGGAUACUCCUUAGUUGAUUGCCUCACAGAAGCUGGAAAAGAAUCAAUGGAACGACUCCCCAAGAAUCAUUUCCUUAAUAAAGACAAAUAUUUCUAAUUUCGCAUCAUAUUUUCGUGAAAAAUUGCACAAUUAACAAUCCAAAAAAAAGCGAAUAGCAUUUCUAAAUUAUAAUUGAAUUCUUUAAUCUGUAAAAAAAAAUAUACAAAAACUCUGAAUUUAUCAUCGCAAACUUCCACGAACUGAGUCGAGACGAAAAACAAAAUCCCGACUUCAUUUAAGCAGCCACUAUUGAUAUAUUAUGAAUUUCUUUCGAAUAUCUCUUGUCUCAAAAAAAAAAAACAGCAAAAGUUUGCUUAUUAAGGUUGUUAGAAAGUUUAUUUAAAUAAAAUUCGAAAAAAAAAACAUUUA